AUGGAAGCAUUGCCGCACCCAUACUACCCCCUCAACCUCAAGGUUGUGGGGUACGUACCCAACGAAUGGACCUCUUUAACACUAGUGUCGAUCUUCGCCUCUGCAUGUGCCAUCACCUUCCUAGCAGUAUACACACUCACGAUGAAAGUCCACCCCAAAGUCUCCCGAAGCGACCUGUGGACAAUAAUGUGGUUUGUCCUCUCCGGCAGCAUCCACCUAAUCCUAGAAGGCUACUACGUCUACAACUUCCGCUCAAUGUCCAAUAAACAAGACAUUUUGGGCCAACUCUGGAAAGAAUACUCCCUCUCCGACUCACGGUACCAAUCCGAAAACGCCUUCGUGCUCUGCAUGGAGACCAUCACGUCCGUCUGCUGGGGUCCGCUAUGCUUCGCCUGUGCAUUCUUCAUCAUGACGAGCCAUCCGCUCCGACACCCAGUUCAGGCGAUUGUGUCACUUGGCCAGCUUUAUGGGGAUGUGAUUUAUUAUGGGACUUCGCUUUUUGAUCAUUAUAUUCUGGGUCUUUCGUAUUCGAGACCCGAACCUCUUAUUUUUUGGGGGUAUUUUGUUUUUUGUAAUACAUUUUGGAUUGUUAUUCCGUUUGUUCUUAUCUUGUCGAGUUUGUCGGAGAGUAAGAGAGCGUUUGUUGCUUUGGGGAGGGACGAGGGUGUUGAGAGGGGGAGGAAAAGUCAAUGA